AUGGCCCACUGCCACUCAAACAAUGAACACUGUCAAACUGCCUCCAGUGCGGGGCUAGACGUUUUAGACUUCGCAGAUGAUCUCACAGGACGAGCCGCAUUUUCAUGGAUGCGUUCCCCGCUUGCUGGUGAGGAUGGGAUGGAGAACUGUUCGCACCAGCAGAUUGAUGACGUGGCUGACAUGCCUGAUAAGAUGAAAGGAACACCGAACACAUGUGUGUCUUCAGAUCAUGGCACAAGCUACCGUGAACAUGGUUUGCAUGGUGACACGCCAACUACGGGGUUGUGUGUGAGCGACCUCGCAGUCGUGUGCUUAGAAUCCAUCAAUGUUACCACCACCACCACCGCUGGGACCAUCGCCACCCACGCCCCUAAAUCUGUGGUAUUCGGGUCUGUCCUUUCCCGUUUGGGACUCACGUCAUCAAUGCUCUCUUCUCUUUCUUCCUCACCGUUACGAUGCGAUGAUGAAAAGAGUGUGGGGCAUUCUGCCUUUGUCGUGGAAUCCGAUCAAGAGAAGGACGAUGGCUGUGAUUACCUGAAUGACCCUAGCAAACCGCGACCAUCAACAGCUAGUACCACGGUCAUGGGUCCUGGUGUCAUUGCCGCAUGUGAGUCAGCGGCAGCGACGCCCCAAAAGAACGUGACACAGAAACAGUUGAACGAAGCGUGCUCAUCUGAUAAGGAUGUGAAAUUCGCAGGGACGGGCAAGGAAUUGUACACAGCCUGGAAAUUGUUGGCGCCGCGGCGGAAAGUGGUACAGCUUCGCUCCAUGGCUCACAAGUAUGCGCUGGAAGUCGUGCGCCAACGCUACGGCGGCAGGACUGUGGCUAGUUUAUCCAAGCAAUUUCCAAGAGGAUCGUGGUGUGCAUUGAGAGGGGAAAUACCCCCUUCCCCUCCCACUGGGUGA